AUGUCUUCAGGUAUUGCUUUAGCUCCAAACUGCGUUUCAACCUUCAACGAUUUAAAGUUAGGUCGUAAAUAUGGUGGUAUCAUCUACAGAAUCUCUGACGAUUCAAAAGAAAUCAUUGUUGACUCCACCUUACCAGCUGGUUGUUCAUUCGAUGAAUUCACCAAAUGUCUCCCAGAAAACGAAUGUAGAUACGUUGUCCUCGACUAUCAAUACAAAGAAGAAGGUGCCCAAAAGAGCAAAAUCUGUUUUGUUGCCUGGUGCCCAGAUACCGCCAACAUUAAAAAGAAAAUGAUGGCCACCUCAUCAAAAGACUCUUUACGUAAAGCCUGUGUUGGUAUCCAAGUUGAAAUCCAAGGUACCGAUGCCUCUGAAGUCAAAGAUUCAUGUUUCUAUGAAAAAUGUACCAAAAUCUAA